AUGUCACCUAUAACACGUAGUAUAACCAGUCUUCAACGGAUGUAUAAUCCAAAUUUUCCAACCCAUCGAGAUUUAGAUGCCGCCUAUAAUUUAUCGGUCCCUCGUAUAAAGGAAGAUGCCAAAAGGUGUUUAGAGAUGAUUUUGGAAUCCGAUGAAAUUCGAGAACUUUAUAAUCCCAUAUCAGAAGAAUAUUGGUUCGUGAAUAAUAUUGAUGCAUUGAAUCAAGUGGUUCUUCAUGAACAACUUUCCAAAAUGAUGGAUGGAAUUAGUACAGAUUAUGCAUUAUAUUCAGGAGGUGGUCGAAUAAUUCCUCAUCUAACCUCACGUGCUUACGAAGAAUGGCCAAGUAAAGGGUAUCAAAAAUUAUGGGGAAUGUUAACUCAAAGGAAUGUAAUAAAAUCAAAUAAACCUGAAAUGAUUAUAACACCUAAUGUUAAUGUAGGUGAAUGUUGGUGUUUUAAUGGUGAUCAAGGUCAAAUUGCCAUAAGAUUAUCUAGAAGUAUUAUAAUUACUCAUAUUACUUAUACUCAUAUUGGAAAAGAUGUUGCUAUUGAUCCAUUAAGUAAAUAUAAAUAUGAUUUAGAAGGAAAACCUACUCAAACAUUUAAUAUACUUGAAAAUCAUCGUAUAAGAGCUAUUAUGAUUAAAAUAUUAAAUAAUCAUGAAAAUCCUAAAUUCACUUGUUUAUAUAGAUUACAAGUUCAUGGUAAUUUACCUUUGUAA